AAGCCCAACAACAGUUAUUGUCCCCCGGCCUGGAAUCAUCACCACAUCCAAAAGGGUAAGAAGCCAUCUCCCGAUUUCACCACUUUCGUUUCCGCUCUGGCCCCCAAAAUUCACCCUUCUUCCACAGGUUUCAACUUUGUUACACUAAUGGCUGCUGCAGAACUAUCGGCAGAGAAUUAAAAGCAAGGGAAAUUUUAGAUUUCUUCAAUUGUACACUUGUGGUAUCGUCUCCAUUUUUCGUUACAUUGAAUAAUGGAAGGCCGUAAACGAAACCCAUUAAAGCAACAUUCCAGCACUCAAUUUAAGAAAAGGGGUGGCCCUAAAAGGGGGAGGCAGAAUAAUCACACCCCUGAGGGGGCUUCUGAAAAUGCAAAUGCAUCCGACACUGUGUAUCGUAUUCUUUGUGCAUCAAGAAGGAUUGGUAGUGUAAUUGGAAAAGGUGGAACUAUAAUCAAAGCCUUGAGAGAGGAGAGUCAAGCAAAGAUUACAGUAGAAGACUCUGUUCCUGGUUCAGACGAAAGAGUAGUAAUAAUAUCCAGUCCUUCUCCAAAAACGGGAAAAAACAGAAGCACUGAUGAUGAAAAGAAUACAACAAGUGGGGAAGGCAAUGUGUCCAUGAGGCCCCAUUGUGCUGCUCAAGACGCUCUUAUGAAAAUCCAGGAGAAGAUUAUUGAGGAAGACUUAGCUUGGGCAGCAGAUGAAGAUGGAGAUGAAAUUAAAGUCACUACACGCCUUCUUGUUCCAAACAAUUUAGUUGGUUGCAUUUUAGGUAGAAAAGGAGAUGUUAUUACAAGGUUAAGAACUGAAAUUGGUGCAGACAUUCUUGUUCUUCCCCCUGAAAGUCUGCCUGCCUGUGCAAUGGAUACUGAUGAAUUGGUUCAAGUUUCAGGGGAACCUGGUUUGGUAAAAAGAGCUGUUUAUGAAAUAUCGACAUUGUUGCAUCAAAAUCCACGUAAAGGCACACCUCCCACAACUUAUCCAGCAGCUCGUAGCGUUCAAGCUCUUAGAUACUCUGACUUUCCACCGGGAAGGAUGGUAGAACAGGGAAAUUCAUUUUGGCCUAGACAUGACCACUAUUUAAAUGGCAUUCCACAACCGACACAUAUUGGGGCAUAUGAGAACCAGCCUUCUAGAUAUAGAGUUGAGAGUUUUGAUGGGGUUCCUCCCUCAGGUGGUGGAGAGAUUCCAGCUGAGUUUACAAUGAAAAUUUUAUGUUUGGAUUCUAAGAUUGGAGGGGUUAUUGGUAAGGGAGGAGGUAACGUUAGACACUUGCAGCAAGAAACAGGGGCAAAUAUUCACGUUGAGGACUUGUCAGCUGAUUCUGAUGAAAGAGUAAUUCGCGUUUCCUCGGUUGAGGCUUUGCGGGACCCUAGAUCGCAAACUAUAGAGGCAAUCCUUCAGCUUCAGAGUCUUACUAGUGCAUCCUCUGACAAGGGUAUCAUCACUACAAGGCUUCUUGUUCCAUCUACUAAGGUUGGGUGCAUUAUUGGACAAGGAGGGCUGAUUAUAAAUGAUAUGCGGAGGAGAACUAAGGCAGACAUUCGUGUUAUCUCUAAGGAAGAGAAGCCAUUAUGUGCUUCCAAGGAUGAAGAGCUUGUGCAGAUAUCGGGAACUGUUGGUUUUGCUCAUGAAGCCUUAGCUGAGAUUGCUUCAAGGCUUAGAACAAGAUUUCUUUCAAAUUCGAAAGGGGAACCUGCUCCCUCAAGGCCAGCCCCAGCAUUUGGUCCCGGUGUAGAGUUCCCUGGUCCCAGACCUCCUCCUGCUGCCUUAGAUAGAUUCCACUACUUUGAGGGUGAUGUCCGUGACUAUGGCCAUCCUGCUUAUCUAGGUCCUCCAAAUGUGAGAAGAUUCCCAAAUACCACUAGUCCUACAGAACUGAAGAUCCCAACCAGUACCAUGAGCUCUGCAAUUGGUACAGGACGUGGUAACACUAGCGAGCUUGCGGCCCCAAGGAUGACACACAGUGAACCUUGGCUUGGUGGGCAUGAACAUGGUGCUGAAAUGCACAGACCCAUGGAACAUCAUUGGAGCCCCGCACCGGCCCCACGGGAUAGUUAUCAAGGAUUUGUUUCUUCUUCUGCUCAACCCAGCCAUGCCCCCCAAGCUGUCCCUUACCAGACCUAUAACAAUGUCCAGCAAGGGACCGCCCACGCCCGAUACAGUCCUUCACAAAUGCACUAUCAUCAAAAUGUGAACCCAUAUGAAGCUGCUCCUUACCAAAGCAACCAUCCCCAACAAGUUGUGGCAUACCCCAACAACCUGCCUCAAGGUUCUUCCGGUUUUGACCUCCGAUAGCAAGUUAUGCUUUGACUGUGCUUUUGAUUGCUCUGUUAGAUGGAGAUAUAGGAGGGUAUAUGUUGUGAAUGGGAGGCUGUGUGUGCCUUUACCAACAGCCCUGUCAAACAUGUUCAAUGAUGAUCUAUGUAGUUUUUCUUUUAAUGUGUACUAUUUUCUUCAUAAUUUACUCAGGUUCCAGCUUAUUAUUGUUAUUAUUUGUAUAAGAAGAGAAGAUUUGUUGGGGAAUGGUUUCUUGUUCUCUGCUUGGUAACAUUCUUUUGCUCUUUCUAAGCAUUUUUCAGCAUGGGGUUCCUUUGUCACCCAACCCUAGUGUCAUAAUAUCACAUCCCCUCCAUUUGGAUUCUUAAGGAUUAACAAAUGAACAUUAACAUGUUUG